AUGAGCGUACCAUCGUCCAUAACUCAAUUCAACGCGUCUUGUCGAGAUUAUAAGAAAUACCCACUGAACCUAUCUUACCAUGUCUCCAACAAUGGUAGCCUCGUUGCCCACCGGAUUCUACUGAAGGAAAGCGCACCUGAUCUCUUUUACAUGAAGACUAGUCUGAGGCAACUUGUCGAGGAUGCUGACUUCUCAUCCUGGCUGGUCACACCAAAAGGAGACGGCUCAACCACCACAAACAAUGUUCGCUGCAGAUUCAUCUUCUUACAAGCAGAAAGUGGCCAGGCCAAACUCGAUGUGUCCCUCUCUCAUGCAGAAAGAAUAUUCACAUACUUUCAAGUGAUGCCAAGUUACAUAGACUUCGUAUCCGCAUUCUGCAAGAAGAGGCAGGACGAUGAAGACGUGUCUGAUCUCCGCUUCAGCAGCUUCCGCGAGACUAUCCGGCUCUCUACAACUUCAUGCGGUUUGAGUCUGCCUCACCUCGCCUUAUCUGGCCGGGGAUUCCAGCUUAACUACAAUUUGAAAUCGGUAACAAACAAAAGCAAGGAGAAACCAUCAUGGUCAGCCGUGAUUAACAAGAAGGAAAAGUGGGAUUGGUCUGUCCGUCAGGCUGUCUUCCACCAUCAAUUCGAUAUGAAACAAGGGACGAGUCUCUGGAUCAUUACUUCUGCCCGAGAUUACCUACAAAAGAGGGUGCAAAAACUGACUGGGCAGACCGAAAAGAAACCACCAGCAACAGGUCAAGCCAACGGCAGCGAGGACGAAGUCGAGCUUCAGUCCAGGCCUGCCGAUCGCAAAUACACCACAGCUGAAGACAGCUUCAUUGCAAGUCUCUCCAUCCAUCUGAUGCUGGCUCAGUAUGCGAGCGAAGACUGGAGGGGAUACGUGCGGUGGCUUGAGCAAAUGUUAGAAAAAAAGACAAAAACAGCGCUCGUCGACGAAAACUACGACCCAACAACAUUUGACCUGACGUACGUCCAAAUGUUAGAGGACAAAAUAAACAAAGCUGUCAUGACCCUCGAUGCCAAUGCCAAAGUCCUCGAGUCCCUGAAUUGCUUCUACGCAAGUCUUGUCAAGAACGAGGAUUUCGAGCUUGGGACCAACGCCGCAUGCAAGCGGGCUACUGCAGACUUUACCGUCCAGCUCCGUGAUUUUAUCUACGACACGAAGAUGUUCUCUGACCGAGCCAGCACUCUGGCGAAAAUCACUGCGGACAGGAAAAGUCUUAUCCAACAACAUUUCCAGGCCCGUGCUACUGAUCGAGUCGAGCAGUUGACCUUCCAGCAGCAGAAAGAGGCUAAGAUCAUGAGAGUUAUUGCUGUAAUGACAUUGAUCUAUCUACCAGCAACAUUCUCCUCGACAUUCUUCAGCACUGAUGUGGUCAAGUACCAGCAAGACGGCGACGGGCCAGCAGACUACUCUUAUACAUCGUAUUCGGGUCUCGCACUCGAGCGGUGGUUCGAGGUUACCAUUCCGCUGACCAUAAUCACAUUUGCGGUGGCUGUGGGGUGGUAUUACUACUAUGAACCCACGAGGAAUGCUGCCCAGGGCUGGUUGAAAGGAGAGUCAUCAGUGGAGCCCAAGGAUCUAGAGAAGGCGUUGUGA